CAGAAAAUCAACAUGGCGGCGGCGUUGACGACGAAGCGAAAGAGAUAUAGUAAGAAAUCAAAACAAAGCUGGAGAAAGAACACUAAUAUUAGGGAUGUUGAGGAACAUCUUGAAGAGGCAAGACGCGAGGAAAGAACCGGGUGAGUUGAGGCGUAAUCGGCCGAUUGUAACCGUACUUUGAUGUGAUCUAGUGGCGAAACUGACGCUAAACAGCUGAUCGAGCUCUCCACGUGGAAUUUUGGUUAUCGUAAUUUUAACUCAGAUUUCGUUGAAAUUUGCAUUUAAUCAUUACAAUCGAUGUAGUUGAUAAUGAUAGGUUACUGAAAUGAUGGUUUAGUUUCAGAUUAUUCGUAUGAAAAGGUUCAUAUACUGACCUGAAAAAAAUUACGACAUAAAUAAGUAGGGCAGAGUAAAGGUUGAAGUAGAUGAAGAAGUUAAGACACAAAAUGUAUGGAAAAAUAACAUGCAAAGAUUUAACACUAGCUUUCAAAUUCUAAUCAGUUACCAUGCUAAUUUUAACAACAAAGUGCACGUUAAUUAUGAAGGCAUUGGUGGCCCUGUCGGCAGACCUUCGUGGAGAAAGAUGUAUUGUUUAUGAUCUGAGCAUUUGUAUAUUGUAGCAGCUGAGAACUGAAUAGUUUGUGUAGAUGAAGGAUCAAUUAGAAUCUGAGUUGUAGUGGAGCAGAGAUUUUAACAGGGUUUACAAUCCGUAAUUUAGUUUGUAAAUAGAUUAAAUAUCACUUUGCUUGGAAAAUUACUUCAAUUCACUAAGGGCAACAAGUAGAAAUUAGAAUUUAUGCUGUAUUAUUUACUCAUUAUUCCAGUUUCAAGUUGUUACAGGCUGUGUCAUUUUCAAUAUUCCUUCAUUAUACAGUGGUCCAGUUUCUGAAAAACCAGAUGAAAGCUUGUACUUUCUAGACCACAGAACUGAAGAGAGAAAAGUUACUGAAGGUAAAAUGAAUGCAAUUCAAGUAUAUAAAGCAGAUGAAUCUUAAUCUCAUCAUGGUCUCUGGUAUACUCAGAUGAAUAUUACUUAUUAAGAACCAGCUGUCUCAUUAUGGCAAUUGUAUAAAUGAUUUGUACUGUCUUUGUGAAUGAUUUUUGGAUAAAGAAUGAUAUGCUGAAGCAUUAAGGAAUGCUGACAGGAUUUUCAGGUCCACACAUCAAGUAAGGGAGUGGAACAGGAGGGGAAAGGCAUUUGCCAUCAUUAAGGAGUGACCAUUUAGACCCAGUAACAAAAUAAAAAUAACAUGUUUUUCUUCCUUGAUUUUACUGAUACUUAAUCUGUAAGAAGCCCGCCGAAGGAGUAGAUACAGUUACAAAAUUUAUUCACCAAGUAAGACUGGGGUAAUGAAUUGUUGUCAUGAAUGAGCUGUUUUAGUAAACUAUUUAUAAUCAUCAGUAAGAACUCUUCUUUGUAAGUUGCAUAUUGGUAUACAAAGCCUCCUGCAGUGGAAUUGAAGCAAGUAGAAUUUAAUUCAUCCUCAUGCAGAUUUUUGUUUAUCUGGAUAUGCUACUCUGACAUACAGGUAAACCUAAAGAAAAUUCAAGAAAACGAAAACUCCUGAAGGCUGAUCAGCUAUUACCAGAAAGCAAAAUUAAACCAAUUGGAAGCAAGAAAAGAAAAGUUCACCUAAAAAGCAAGCAAAGGGAAGAUUUCAGCAACUCAUCAUCUGAUUCUGAGAUUGAAGAGGAGAGAGGCAAACUUGUUAAAGCUCAGAUAAAUAAAAAAAAGCUCAAAACAGCUGCAGUGUUUGAUUUAUGGGAAGCACAAGGUAAUGACUGUGCAGUUAUUACUAAGUAUACUAUGGGUUCUGUUGUAUUCAUGAACAUGUAGCAACUUAAAAUGGAAUACAGGUUAAAGGGAUACCAAACCAAGUUGAUUUUUAUUUUUCUCUGCUGAUUAAGAAUUUUAAGAAUUUAAGACUUGAAAAUGUGAACUAAACUUGUCUAGUAUAACAUUAGUUUGACUUAAAUUCACUUUAAUUUAUGUUUUUUGAAAAAUUGGGAUAGAGGUAUUGGAAGGGUUGUGCUAGAAAGUAUAUCUAAUGUUCAUACAUAUUAUUGAGUCAGUUUUACAGAUGCUGAAAUGUUGCAAAAACUAUUAUAUGACUGUGAUAUGAUAUUGCACACAUUAUAUCCUUAGUUAGAACACCUGCCAUGGUGAGAUAAAUUUUCCUGCCUCUUACAUGUCCUGGUAUGUGUUUGGUUUUGAAGAUUCUGUCACUGAAGUUCAUACUAUAAUUCAUUAUUCUAUUUUUGAUUCAUUUUUGUAGAUAUUCCAACAGGCGAUGAACAUUUUCUCUCAACUACUAAGAGAAUCAAUGUUAAGGUAAUGGCAUUUCUUUUCAAUGUAAAAUGAAGAUUAUUUUCUUCUUGUUCCUGUUUGUUUUAGUCACUUUCUUGCUCACUCAAACAAAUCUUUCAUAUUUUUCAGAAACCAAAGACAAUCAGCAGGAAGACUUCUCAGUUAGUAGCUGUUGAAGUUUGUUCACCUGGUGCAUCAUACAAUCCAACAUAUGAAGAUCAUCAGGUAAAAAGCAGGCCUCUUAUAAACACAAGUUUACAGAGAUGCAUUGUGCUAUGUGGGCCAUUGGAAUGAUACCAACAGUACAGAAAAAUGUUAAGGAAACAGUAAUUUCAGGAUAUUGUCCGAUUCCAGAGAAAAUUAGUAAUAAUUAUAAUGUAAAAUUGGCUUUCUUAUACCCCAUUCACACCAGCAAAACAUGUUUUGUUAAACUGGUUUUCAUUUAAUGAAAAUUAUAAACAGAGAACUGAAAAACUUGAGGUACAUUUAUCAUAAUUUUAAUGGAUAAUUAUUAUGCAGUUUCAUGAAAAAAAAAAAAUAAAUGUUUCAACUUUUAAACAUGUUUAAGCUUUGGUGUGAAUGGGGCAUUAGGCAGGUACAUUUUCAGUCUCUGUGUUUAACUUUGAGGGGAAUGAGAGAUGUUCACCAGAACUUUGAGAUGAAAUUAUUUGAGAAGAGUGAUAUUGACACCAUAAACAUUAAGUCACUUGACAGUUUGCUGACUAAUGACAGAUUAAGGGAAAUUCAUAUCUGCUGUCUUGUUGAUUGUUGAUUUUUUGUUGGACCUCCAGCAAAAUAUAAGUCUUGCAUUUAUUAUAAGCCACUCCAAAAGAUCAAACAAAGGUAUGUUAGUCUCAUCAUGAACACCCUAAAUUAGACAAUGAUCUGGUUUUUAUUCCCUCAAGUGAGACAUUGUGCACUCUACCCUCCUUGGUUGCAUAUGGGUUUAAACCCCUCCCUUGGAUAACACAGCAACUAGUGUGUUUUAUCUCGGCCUUCUCAAUUGUAUGAAUUUAUUUUCAGUCUUUGCUUCAAAUGGCUCAUAAUGUGGAGUUAAGAAAAGUGAAAGAAACAGAAAAACUGAAAAGACAAGUGAAGCUCUUGACUGCAGAGGAGGCAGCUAAUUUGGUAAUCAUUAACAGUCAAAUGUGUUCAUGUUUGUUUGUGAACCCAGACAAAGCUGAUACAAAGGCAGCUGUUGAAUACAAAAAAACUGUUCUAGUAUGGUUAUAUAAGUAUAAUAGUUCUGUCUUGGGUUGUUAUACAAAUCCUUCUUUCUGAUUUGUGGCCAUGAACUUAACCUUCUUCUACAAGUUAGUAUGUGCAUGUAGAUGAUGCUGAAUUAAUUCAUUGAACUACUCCAAAUUUGUGAUGUUCAGCCAACAUGGAAUGAAGAGAUGAGUCAAGGAUUAUUUGCUGAAAAUGAUGCAGAGGAUGAUGAGAAUGAAAAUGAUCAUGAAAGUGCCCUUGCGGCUCCUGUGAGAGCUUUCAACAGAAAAACAAAACAGCAAAGGACGAAAGAAAAACAGAAACAGGAGGAAGUAAGUUAGCUGGUUGAAUUCCCUGUUGGUCUUUUGUUGAAUUUAACUUUAACCCCAAGUGUUGUCGAAAUGGUCCAAAAAUGGAAUAUGGUCAUAACUCAGAUAUCUAUCACUCUAAAUAUUACAGGGGAAAAUAUAAGGCACAAGUGGGAUUGUGGUAUCUAAUCCAUUGUGCUCAUGAGAGCUUUAUACGCUUCUUUUAGGUAAAGAGACUCGAGACAGAAAGAAAAGAAAAGAGGCAACAAAACGAGAUUUUUAGGUUGGUAGAAGCUGAUUUGUGUAUGUGAAUGUACAUUGUAUUAACAAUUAUGGAAUUGUGAUUUAUUUUCAGCAAAUCUUAGUUACACAGUUCAUGUAAAAUAAAUCUCAUAAAAUUCUUUUGAUGAAAACAAACAUGUACUAAUGACUGAUGGACAUCAUCCAGGAAUAUUGUGAGUCCUUCUGAUUGAUAUUUAAACCCUGUGUAUUAUUUAGCAGUCACACAAAUUAUGUACAUCUAGGACUUCUUUUCAUUCUUGAUUGCUGAGCCCUUUAAUACAUUUUUUUGUAACAGAUUAAAAGCUCUGAAGAAAGAAAUGAAAAUAGCUGAUGAGGAAGCUGAAAAAAGGAGAAGGAAGAAAAAAGAAACAGAGAGAAGUUCUUCAAUUAAACCUAAAAGACUUAGCAAGCACAAGUAUCCUACGUGUACCUCUAUUCGUAGCUUUAAACAAGAAUUAAUAUUAACAUCAAAUUUUAUCACUUGCACUGAGUACCACUGUCUGUGGGAUGCUAUGGGGUUGUGUUGUGUUGUGUUCCUUGCCACCAGGGAAAAAUUAUCACUGAUACAAAAUACUCAAGUGAAAUACUAAAUGUUUAAUAAAGUGGAGUUCAUUUUAAUCAGUAAAACAAAUAAAUCUUAUAUGAUUACUUAACUGCAACUUCAGAUAUGAAUCACCAGAUUGUGAGGUUCAGCUGAGUACAGAGCUGACUGGAAGUCUCCGCACCUUAAAGGUACGCUCACCUUACUGUGGUCACUUAAUGUGAUUAAAAUACCCAGUAACUUUUUUCUUUUUCUUUUUUGAAUAAUUGACUUCAAAAGGGAACUUACUUUAAUUUGUGAGUUAGUGAGUGGUAGGCACUUGAUUCACUCCUUAAAAAUGUAUUUAAUUUGUCAAAUGCUUGUUUUUUAUGUAAACGUUUUUGUCCAAACUGUUGUCUCUCUUUUCACAGCAAGAAGGAAACUUAUUUGAAGACAGAUUUAAGAGCCUCCAGCGAAGAAAUAUCAUUGAAACAAGACUUCCUGUCAAGUAAGUUGUCAACUUUCUCUACUGUUUUACUUCGGAGAAUUUCUUAUCAAGUUUUAAAUCAAGGACUUCAUCAAGUGGGUCAUUAGCAGUUUUAAAGACAGUUGUUGUGUGAUUUCUUAUUUCAGUUACCUGCUAAAUGUAAUUUUUACAGUUAAUUUGGUUCAGGAAUUGUCUCUUAUAUUGUUACUGUUGCUCUUUUUCUCCACCAGACCCUACAGAAAAUACAAGCAAAAAACAUAUACAAGAAAAUCACGUGAUAGGCCUUGUAUAAAGGAAAUAUAGAUGGAUCCAAAAGGUAAGUUUUUUAUAUGUUUGUGUUUAAUUGACAAAAAACCUUGCAGGAAGAACAACAAAAUUUUCAGUUAGUUUGUUAAGCAUUUUAAAGUGGUUCCCUGAGUGGAAAUACCCCAAUAGAUGUUAAUGAUGUACUUAUCAGAGACUUUGACAGAUCUACACUGUAUAACAGGUCUACUCUGUUAUGCAGAGGAACAGAGUGACAUAACAGAUCUACUCUGUUAUGUCUGUUACAGACAUAACAGAUCUAAUUUGCCCUUGAUACAGAAGGAAGACUGAUGCCAGAAACGAUUUUUAAACACAAACUGAAACUUUUUGUACUGAACUAUUGUAACCUCUACUUUAGCUUGUAGUCUUUUUUUUGGUAAUUUAUUUUUAAAAUUUUUAUGAAGAUCCUCCUGAAAACCACCAUCGGGUGAUUGGAGGCCUCCUCGUAAAACAUUUUUGUAAUUAUUAUUAUUAUUAUUAUUAUUAUUAUAUUAUUGAACAAACAAAUUCCUACGCAAUCGCCCUAUUAAAUUUAUUUUAAAUAUUUCUAAAUCAUUUGAAAAAAAUUAUCAGUUUUUUAUUCUUCAGUGUUUAUAGCUUUAUAUUCUAUAUAAAGUUCUAUCAUUCAUUCUGUUACUGUUAUCUAAUAAUUAAUCUAGUCGAAUGUCUAAUGGAAUCUUGUUUCGCGGUAGUCGUAAACUGCUCAAUAAAAGUCCAUAGAGGUUAUUACUGAUAGCCACUUUCAUUCACAAACUUGCUUGAAUUGUUUCGUACAUGUAAUAGUUUAUAGAGGAUGGCAGACCCUGCUCAGUUUCCUUAAAAUAUUCGCACGUGACACGAAUAUAUAUACGAUUCGAGUCACUAACCUUUUCAGUCAUAGAACCGUGAAAACUGGUAUACUCUCUGUGGAAUUUUUUCUGCCAUUUGUAUUUGUUUGAGGAUUUUUUUUCGUUUUGUUUCAGAAAUUAUGAACAGGUGAAUUACACAAGAAUUCGGAUGAAGCUGUUUUUUUUUUCACACAUAAAGCCAUUUUUUCCUAAUUUGUCAGAACAAAUUUCAAUGUUAUUUCACCUUCGAUUUUAUCAACCAAAUGCGUUAACAUGUAGUUCUAAUGAUUGGAAAGAAAAAGAGGAAAUAAAACAUUGGACCAAUAAAACGGUACAUUCAUUUAGCUUUGUAAAAAAACAGUUUAUUAGUGUAUUCGUAACGACUCCUUUCGCUUUGAUAUUUUUCUUUGCCUUGGACAAGACAGUAAUAAAAUUCUUAUUUUAUUGAUUUCGCUCAUUUGUUGGAAGUUUCUGCAUCGAAGAAGCCUGUGGCGGCAUGCGGCUAAAGUCACAGCAUGACCAAGG